GAAGAUAUUUACAAAUUCAUGCCUCCCAAGUUAAAACCUCAGCGACUCCAUCAAAGUAUGUAAUCCUACGUUCAUCUAUCGUCUUUCUCAACACCAUAUUAUGUAUGAUUUGAGGGUUUGGAUGUUUGUGUAGUUGCAGAGACUGAUGCUGAGCAACUGGUUAAGAAAGCAAGGACGAUGACUACCGAAUCCUCAAUGAAAGAUGCUUUCUUUCUAUACGCUGAUUAUCUCAACAACUUCGUAAGUCUUCUUUCCUCUCUUCCAUGUAGAAAAGCUCGAUGCUUUAUGGGUUUUUGUUUCCGACGUGAAAGAUUGAACCUUUGCGUCUAGGGAUUGAGUCUUAUAGGAGGUCAAAGGUUAAAGGAACGAUCUUUCGAUAUGGAAACUUUGAUUCUUCUUCUGCUGAGAGUGGGUUUGAGUCUUAUUGAAUGAGAAACAAGAGAGAGAGAGAGAGAGUGGUGAAGGUAAGUCGUGAUAUCACUAUGAACAGCAAAAAAGUCAUCUUUCAAGUUCACAGACUCAGUAAAGACAACAAAGAAGAGGUUCUGGAGAAAGCAGGGAAAGAUUUAGAAGCAGUGAGGGAACAACACUUUUCCCGGCUGAUGAAAGAGCUUCAAGGCACUGAUUUUUGGAAGCUCCGACGAGCUUACUCCCCAGGGGUCUGUCAGAGGAUCAUAACCAAUCAUUCAUCUUUCAAAUCUACGGUGAACGAUGGUAAGUUCAUAAAUCUUAUCUCUUUGUUUCCGUUUAACUUCGAAUUCUUCAUCAUUAUUAUCGCUGGACGCUCGUGGAAAAUCAUUGUGGUGAUAUUGAAUCGAAUCUCUUUUUUUUUCUAUCUGGCACCUCUUCUGUGGUUAUAACAGAGAGAGAGAGAGAGAUUGAUCUGAAUCUGUGGUUAUGUGAAAGCAAUUGAGAGAAUGUUUCUUUUUGAUUCCAACUCCAAGUGGGUUCUUUUUUUUCUUAAUUUUGUUAUUUGACGUUUAUUUUUUGGUUACACACAGGCUACGCCAAUGGUUGCAGGUGCUGCAGUAGCUGCUGCUGCUAUAGCUGGUAGAUAUGGUAUACACUCUUGGCAAGCCUUCAAGGCCAGGCCCAUCGUGCCUAGAAUGCGCAAGUUUGAUGAAGGUGGUUUCCAAGCUGCCAUGACACAGGCGUGAAGCUGCUCUCAUCCUUGGAGUCAGGUCUGUCUUUACUUCUUUUUUUAGUUUGCACCUCGAUUUGAAAAAUGGUAUUAAGAUCAUUUCAUCAAGGCUUAUAUCAGCUAGAUUUAGUUUGUAGUUUAAUAAUAUCAUCCACCACGGCCAUCAUUUACUCUUCUCCAGUAGAGGUAUCGUUUUAGCUUAUCCACUUCAUUGCACUCAUGAAUAUAUAUAUAUAUAUAUAUAUAGCCAACCCAAAAGGUAAAGCUCAAUAUUUUUUAUUUGUUCCUAUUUCAGAAAGGCAAGGUGGUGAACUCAAGGGCGUUGAUAUGCUCCUCCUUGAUGCGAAGGUGAUAAAAAAAAAUCAUUAUAUUCAAAUUUCUUGAAAUCCAGGUUUAGAUGAUUUUGGUUUUGUAUAUUGAUUUGGAAAUCUUGCGUCUAUAUUUUUUUUUUAGUUUUAGUGGUUUUAUUUACCUUUGCUGAUGUAAGAUGAUUUAGGCUUUGUUUAUUGAUUUAGAAUCUAGAGUUUAAGUGGUUUGGUUUUGUUAAUUGAUUUUGUCUUUGUUUGCUGAUAUAAUAUGAUGCAAAGGUAACUUGAAUACUUACUUUCUGUUAUAGAGGAUUAAUAGAUUUGAUAUUUGGUGUUUGUUGUAAUUUGUUUAAUAUACUCCUGUCGCAGACUCGCUGGCCACAAUCAUCUAGAGGUCAAUCAACCUUCAAACUGUCUUCACUCUUCCAACAUAUCUUGCAAGAAGGCUUGGUGUAUGGGUUAAGUGGUUUCAAUGUUGCGAGAAGCAAUCCGAUUUAAGUUUAUCGUGGAAUUCACAGCCACAGCUGAGCCAAGCCCGGAGGAGAGCUUCAGGUUCUGCAAAUACGAAUCUCAUGUCAUUUGCCAGGUUUGAAUAGCUACAAAUUCCUUGCCACACACCAUAUAAUAAUUAAUUAUUUCACAGAUAAGUAGCGUAUGUGUUUAUCUUGGUCAUCAGAUAUUGUUGGAGAGAUUAGGGGCAUCAAACCCAUGUAAACUGAUAGAACGAUUUGUGUUCCUUCAGCCUUCUUCUUCAAGCCCUUAUGAUUCUGUAUCUGAAAGAAAGAUAGAAAGUUCUCGGUAUAGCUCAAUGAGUCCCCACCUGAUCAAAAGAUCCCAUUUCACCACGAGAUGGCUCAGGUUCCUGAGUUUCCAUCAAAGUUGUUCUUUUACUGCGAGGUAGAGCCCAACUCUGGAGGAGAGACACCUCUCGUGUUGAGUCACGUUGUGUACGAGAGAAUGAAGGAGAAGCAUCCAGAGUUUGUGCAGAGGUUGGAGGAACAUGGUUUGGUCUACGUCAGGGUUUUAGGUGAAGAUGAUGAUCCUUCUUCACCCAUCGGCCGUGGCUGGAAAUCAACAUUCUUGACUCAUGACAAAAACGUUGCUGAGGAAAGGGCGGCUAAGCUGGGAAUGAAACUGGAGUGGACCGAGGAAGGAGGAGCCAAGACUGUAAUGGGUCCAAUCCCAGCGAUCAAGUUUGACGAGUCGAGGAACCGUAAAGUAUGGUUCAACAGCAUGGUGGCUGCUUACACAUGGUGGGAGGAUAAGAGGAAUGAUCCAAGAAAGACUGUGACUUUUGGAGAUUGGGAGCCUUUACCUAAAGAUAUAGUCCAUGACUGUCUUAGGAUACUCGAAGAAGAAUGUGUUGCUGUUCCGUGGCAGAGAGGAGAUGUUCUGCUUAUAGACAACUGGGCUGUUCUUCACUCACGUAGACCGUUUGAAUCAAUUUCUGAACAAGCAACAACCUCCUUCUACACAAUUCCGUUAACACUACUCUUUUGUAUAUAACUUUGGUUCACCGCCACUUCAUAUAUACUUACAUGUUUCAUGCAGUUUACCAGAGCAAUAAAGCUCAGAGCA